ACUCAACUGAACUCUCCGGCAAACACAGGAAACAAACCUAUGAUCAUUUUUACUUCCUGUGUUUCCGUAGAACCACAGUGAAGAAGAAAUGGCGGACAUGGAUGAAUUGUUCGGGAGUGACGGUGAUAGUGAAAAUGAGCGUCGAGAGUCGGGUUCGGGGUCCGGGUCGGAUUCAGAGCAAGAGAGACCCAGGUCAGUAAGUAAUGCUUCAGGAAGCGAGAGUGACCGGGACCACGACGAUGAUGACGACGAUGAGGAUGGACGGGAUGCCGGGAAGCCGAGCAAUAAGGAGCUGUUCGGUGAUGACAGCGAAGAUGACCGUGGUAGCCAGCACAGUGGAAGCGAUAACCGAUCGGAGAGGUCUGAUAACCCGUCAGAGGCGAGCAUGCAUUCUGAACAAGAGGACAACGAGCAUUCGGACGCGGAGCAGCACAGCGGCUCAGAAGGACACCGGGAGGAAGAAGACCACGAAGGCCCACAUAGCCUUCCGUCUGAGCCAGGCAGUCCCCGUUCUGACGCUCCCAGCCCCAGAUCAGAUGUGGGCAGUGCCCAUUCAGAGGCGGCCAGUCCCCGCUCUGACGCUGGCAGCGCCCAUUCAGACCCUGGCACUCCGCGAUCUGGACCAGGUACGCCACACACGGACGGAGAAGGCUCGGUGAAAGAAGCGCACUCCGACGACGAGAAGUGGGGUGGAGGAGCCAAAAGCGACCAAUCAGACGAUGACGAAAAGCCAAGACACUCGGACGAAGAGCGCGGGCGCUCUGAAGACGAGGGCGAGGAAAGACGGAAAUCAGAGUCUGCAAAAGGCAGUGACAGCGAUGAUGAUUUUAUUCAACAGAAGCAUAAGAAGAAAAUUGCUUCAGAUUCAGACUCUGACAGCGACACUGGAAAUCGGAAAGAGAUAAAGCCAGCUGCUGAUGACUUGUUUGGCGAGGCAGAUGACAUUUCCUCUGACAGUGAUGCGGAGAAGCCCCCCACUCCAGGGCAGCCCCUGGACAAUGAAGAUGGGUUGGAGACGGAGCACCAGGAGGAGGAGCCGGUUCCAGAGACCAGGAUAGAGGUGGAAAUUCCCAAAGUCAGUACAGAUCUUGGGAGUGACCUCUAUUUCGUGAAGCUGCCCAACUUCCUCAGCGUGGAGCCCAGGCCAUUUGAUCCACAGUACUAUGAAGAUGAGUUUGAAGACGAGGAGAUGUUGGAUGAAGAGGGUCGGACCAGGCUCAAGCUAAAGGUUGAGAACACGAUCCGGUGGAAAGCGCGCCGGGAUGAGGAGGGGAAUGAGACGCGCGAGAGCAACGCGCGCAUCGUCAAGUGGUCCGACGGCAGCAUGUCGCUGCACCUGGGGAACGAGGUUUUCGACGUGUACAAGGCCCCCCUCCAGGGAGAUCACAACCACCUGUUCAUCCGGCAGGGAACUGGGCUGCAGGGGCAGGCCGUGUUCAAGACCAAGCUCACCUUCAGGCCUCACUCCACAGACAGCGCCACCCACAGGAAGAUGACGCUGUCUCUGGCCGACCGCUGCUCCAAGACCCAGAAGAUCCGCAUCCUGCCCAUGGCCGGGCGCGACCCCGAGUCCCAGCGCAACGAAAUGAUCAAGAAAGAGGAGGAGAGGCUGCGCGCCUCCAUCCGCCGUGAGUCCCAGCAGCGGCGCAUGCGCGAGAAGCAGCACCAGCGGGGCCUGAGCGCCGGCUACCUGGAGCCCGACCGCUACGACGAGGAGGAGGAGGGCGAAGAGUCCAUCAGCCUCGCUGCCAUCAAGAGCAAGUACAAGAGCGGGGGGCUGCGAGAGGAGCGGGCCAGAAUUUACUCUUCAGACAGUGAUGAGGGCUCCGACGAUGACCGGGCACAGAGGCUGAUGAAGGCCAAGAAGCUGGACAGCGAUGAGGAAGGAGAGGGUUCUGGAAAGAGGAAGGCCGAGGAUGAUGAGGAAAACUCAACAAAGAAGGCCAAGAAAUAUGUGAUCAGUGAUGAAGAGGAGGAAGACGAUGAUGAGUGAUAAUCUCU